AUGCCAACUGCACACAACACCUUUGACCCUGACCAAAGCCCGGGUCAGCUUCAGCUCAAGAGACACAAGGUGCUGCCCAGGCCUGGUAGCGUCCGCAGUCAGGGUCCAGACGCGCACGACCUCGCAGACCUCGAGCCCACGAACCCUCAAGCAUCAGCCGAAACGUAUAGGCGCUGGCCCGGAGCUGCCACCAACUCCUCCCACGCAUUCACACACGUCGUCCAGCAGUCAAUCGGCGUUGCCGUCUAG